AUACAGGACAAAGCUAAUUAAGGUCCUGGUGGAUACAUACAACUAUAAAAAUCGAAUCUUCUUCUCUCUCCAAGUAAUAUUAAUUAUUAUACGUUUCUUUUCUUAGCUGGAUCUUAGUUAAGAUAGAUGCCUACUCCACAUCUAUAAAAGGCAAAGGUAUGUCUUCUCUAUUCUGCAUUCCAAUAUAGAGCAUACAGUCUCCACCUAGAACUACUAGAUUAUUGAUUAUCUCUAUCCUGUCAAGAUGAAGAAUCUUGUUUCUUUGUUGCUUUGCAUGUUAGCUUUCGGAGUUCUUGCGUUCACCGAAGCCGGUAGGCUCCAGGAGGACUUCUACUGUCAAAGCUGUCCUCUUGCCGAGGAGAUUAUAAAAAAUUUAACGUGGGAACACGUCAAGGCCAACCCUACCGUACCAGCCAGGCUCCUCAGACUGCACUUUCAUGACUGCUUUGUUAGGAACUACUGGAUUAUUGAUUAUCUCUAUCUUGUCAAGAUGAAGAAUCUUGUUUCUUUGUUGCUUUGCAUGUUAGCUUUCGGAGUUCUUGCGUUCACCGAAGCCGGCAGGCUCCAGGAGGACUUCUACUGUCACAGCUGUCCUCUUGCCGAGGAGAUUAUAAAAAAUUUAACGUGGGAACACGUCAAGGCCAACGCUACCGUACCAGCCAGGCUCCUCAGACUGCACUUUCAUGACUGCUUUGUUAGGGGUUGUGAUGGUUCCAUUUUGUUGAACUCAACUGCUAACAACACUGCAGAGAAGGCCGCAACGCCGAACCUGACCUUGUUGGGUUUCGACGUGAUUGAUGAUAUAAAAGAAAAAGUAGAGGAAGCAUGUCCAGGAGUUGUGUCUUGUGCUGAUAUUCUUGCUUUGGCUGCCAGAGAUUCUGUUUCAUUCCAAUACAAAAGAAAUCUCUGGAAAGUGUAUACUGGUAGAAGAGAUGGCACCAUUUCACGAGCUUCUGAAGUCUCGGGCAAUAUUCCUUCUUCUGUCUCCAACUUCACCGUCCUUAAACAAAAUUUUGCUAAAAAAGGCCUCGACGUGCUUGACCUUGUUGUAUUAUCAGGUGGACACACAAUCGGAGUAGGGCACUGCGAUGCCUUUAGCAAAAGGCUCUACAACUUCACUGGAAAAGGCGACCAAGACCCUUCAUUGGAUCCGAGCUACGCUGCUUUCCUCAAGACCCAAUGCAAGAGCCUAAGCGACAACACCACGAUCGUCGCAAUGGACCCCGGUAGCGCUCUGAACUUCGACAAUCACUACUAUGUCACCCUGGAGCAACAUAAGGGUCUGUUUCAGUCCGAUGCAGCGCUUCUUACUAACGAGGACGCACGCAACAUCGUUCAAGAGUUCCUUACUUCAUCAACGUUCUUUGGGCAGUUUGCGGAGUCGAUGGUGAAGAUGGGAGACAUUGAAGUUCUUACAGGCGAGCAAGGGCAGAUCAGGGAGCAUUGUGCUUUUGUCAACUUCCUAAGCAGUUAUUAAGGACUAAAGUUGUUGAUUUUAUUUAUGUUAUUGUAUUUGUCAUAAUAAACUAGAUGAUCCAUAUUUAUGGAUUGAUCUACUUAAGCUUAAUUUGUGAUAGUUGAUUAUUUGUUUAACUGAAAUGAAUGAUCAUUAGGCAC